AUGACCAUGUGCGAACCCAACGAGACGAGGUGGUGGCGUACGGCAUUACUGAUGCCCGGCAUGCUGGUCAAGAAAAAGGGCGUGGCGGAGCUCUUCAUGGUCGCGGGUUCCUUCCCUCAUCGAGCUGCUGCAUUGCUGUGGCCGUUGAAAAAGUUGACCAACAAGGUCUUGGUGCCCGAGUCGAUCACCCGCAAGAGUCAGUUGACUUGGGCUUCUGUGCUCAAUGUGCUGGACUGGCAAGCGGUGGAGCACGAAAUCAUGAGUCCACUGCACCUCUUUCUUACAGACAAAAGCCUCAGAUCCAGAGCGGAUCUGCAAGGCCAGGUGCUCAUCAAGCAGAAUGGAACCGUGCCCCUUUUGACGUAUCUGGCGAGCAAAGGCUUCGCCGGUCUGCCGCUCCGGUUGGAGCUCCUUGGCCAUUCAGUCGAACCCGACGGAGGAGAGGGGGAUGCGGAUGAAGAGGCAGGAGCAGCUGCCGAUUCAGCUGAAGAGCUUUGCGAGAAUGUGUGGGCCGCCGUGACGGGGGCAUUGGAGUGCACUGAUGCUCGUGCGGCCGAGAUUCUGGAAAAGUCGAUUGCACUCCGCGGUCCCGACAACAAGUACUUUGAUCUCUUGAAGUCCGAGGAGAUCCAGGAUGCCUUCAAAGAGGACGACUACAAGGACUUGGUGAAGUACUUGGAGAAUGUUGAAAGUCGCGACAAGGUUGGGGGGUAA